GCCACGGCUUUACCCUUCCUCUGUAUCCAACCACACUGCCGCACUAACUCUCUCUCUCUCUCUCUCUCUCUCUCUCUCUCUCUUAAACUCCGCCAUGGCGAAAAUCAAGAUCGGAAUCAACGGAUUUGGAAGGAUUGGAAGGUUGGUUGCCAGGGUUGCUCUCCAGAGAGAAGAUGUCGAGCUUGUCGCUGUCAACGAUCCAUUCAUCACCACCGAGUACAUGACAUACAUGUUCAAGUAUGAUACAGUACAUGGUCAAUGGAAGCACAAGGAACUGAAGGUCAAGGACGAAAAGACCCUUCUUUUUGGUGAACAGGAAGUUAGAGUCUUUGGGAUCAGAAACCCAGAAGAGAUCCCAUGGGGUGAAACAGGUGCUGACUAUAUUGUGGAGUCUACUGGAGUCUUCACUGACAAGGACAAGGCUGCUGCUCACUUGAAGGGUGGUGCUAAGAAGGUUGUGAUAUCUGCUCCUAGCAAGGAUGCCCCAAUGUUUGUUGUGGGAGUGAACGAGAAGGAAUACAAGCCCGAGCUUGACAUUGUUUCCAAUGCUAGCUGCACUACUAAUUGUCUUGCUCCCUUGGCCAAGGUCAUUCAUGAUAAGUUUGGCAUUGUUGAGGCUCUGAUGACUACUGUCCACUCCAUCACCGCUACUCAGAAGACGGUUGAUGGUCCAUCCAUGAAGGAUUGGAGAGGUGGAAGAGCUGCUUCAUUCAACAUCAUUCCUAGCAGUACCGGAGCAGCCAAGGCUGUUGGGAAGGUACUCCCAGCCCUUAAUGGAAAGUUGACUGGAAUGGCCUUCAGAGUUCCCACUGUAGAUGUUUCUGUGGUUGAUCUUACUGUGAGAAUCGAGAAAGAAGCCUCCUAUGAUGAGGUCAAGGAGGCUAUCAAGGAGGCAGCAAAUGGGCCACUGAAAGGCAUCAUUGGUUACACUGAUGAGGAUGUGGUGUCCACUGACUUCGUUGGUGAUAACAGGUCCAGCAUCUUUGAUGCUAAGGCUGGAAUUGCUUUGAACAAGAAUUUCCACAAACUUGUUUCGUGGUAUGACAACGAGUGGGGCUACAGUACCCGUGUGAUUGAUUUGAUCUGCCAUAUGGCUUCCGUAUCCAAGUAAGGACGAGGCUUUGGACCGUCUUGAGAAGUGGUAGCAUUUCCUUAGAGUUUUGGUUUGUAGUUCUUGAUAAGAUGAGAAUUUAAAUAAGCCAGAUGAGAGCCUCUAUGUUUUUUUUUGAACAUCUUGAACUAGAUGUUAUUUUGAUGGUGGUGGUGGAUAUGUGCCACGCCACGCCUUUCAUGGUUGCCUAACAUUUAUUCAACUUUAAUAAAGCAUGGUGCAUGCAUCCUUUUGUGUCAUCUU